UUCAAUUUUAACUUAUUUAUUUUAUAAAGUUAUCUAUUAGAAAAUAAUGAUAGUGCGGAAUGAACUGCGGAUCGAUAUAUGAAGUUUACGUAUUGUUUAUGCGAGUUGUCGUGACCGCAUCGCGCCGGGUGCACCCCAUUGUUGCAGUCUGUGGAACCCCCUUCAAUAAGCGACUCCAGGAGCUGCAGAAGGAUGGAGAAUUUGAUGCUGAACUCAAGCCUGCCUCCCAUCUUUGCAGACGAAGAGAUUUUGAAGCAGAGCAACAAUGCUGGAUCAGGGUCCACUGGCAGUGAGAGCAACUCGCAGGCCCCUGGCCAGCCUGAGCCCAUGGAGGAGAAUUCACAAGCCUGUCCGCAGCCAACAGAGUCUACCAGUGGCAACCCAGAGAGCAGGGUGCAGAGGAAUGGAGAGGAGCAGAAACCUCGGCGCCAAAGCUGGCCUAAAGGGCGGAAGCGGAAGAAGCCUAUCAAGGACAGCAACGCCCCAAAAGCACCCCUAACUGGGUAUGUGCGAUUCAUGAACGAGAGGCGCGAACAGCUGCGGGCCGAGUGGCCAGACGCACCCUUUCCAGAGAUCACCAGGAUGCUGGGCAAUGAGUGGACCAAGCUGCCCCUAGAGGAUAAGCAGCACUAUCUCGAGGAGGCUGAGAGAGACAAAGAGAGGUACAUGAGGGAGCUGCAGCAGUAUCAGAAAACUGAGGCCUACAAACAUUUCAACAGGAAGGUGCAGGAGAAACAGAAAGUCAAGCAGCACAAACCAGAGGGAUACAGAGGGCAAGGAGAGAUCAGUAUUUGAUAUCCCAAUCUUCACUGAGGAGUUUCUGAACCACAGCAAAGCACGGGAGGGGGAGCUGCGGCAGCUGCGGAAGACUAACAUGGAGUUUGAGGAACGCAAUGCAGCUCUGCAGAAACAUGUGGAGAGCA